UUUGAUGUGUUAACCAGUUUGUUUAUCUGAUAAGUUGUAUGAACUUGAACCUGUGUUGUUAUCGAUAAUGCACUCCAUACGAGAUUUCAUAACACCGUGAAUAUUUGAACAGCGUAAUGUGAAACUGCUGACAUCAUUAUUUUGUACAAUGGUAACUUUUCAAUGACAUUUGUGUCGAAAAAUAUCAAUACAUUAAUGGAUUAUGUUUUUAUGGGGUAUGGAUUUCAUAACCGUCUGGACAGCAUCUUCAGAGAACUAAGAAGGGAUAAUAUUGAUGAAUAAUAACAGUUACUUAUAGGAAUAUGAGAGCCAUAUAUAUAGUAAACAUCUGGCUAGCAUGUGCUGUAUCAUGUUCGGCUGUGUUUGGUUUCAUCUUCAACAAUUCACCAAAAUUACACAAUGGCACUCUUAUCCCGUUAGAUCCCGAUGUUUGCACCUCACAGAAUAUCACAUUUACAUGUACGCUUCUAAGUACUCCAAAUUCUAGCAACUCCAUUGGCUUCGCUGUGAAAAAUGAAAGUACGAAUAUGGAGUUUCUACCUGUGGACGAGGGAAGAAUAACUUUGAUAAAUGAGACCUCAUCAGAAUUUAAGAUUUACAACAUCAACGCCACAACUUACUUCUUUGUUAGAUGUUACUACUGGGAAACUUUUGGUAAUGUUGAUGAUACAUCCAAGCAGCUGGGUAAAACAUCUACAGCAUCUGUUUACCUUAUGCCUGAAAAAGUAGAACAUAUGGAUUGCAUUGUGAAAAACUACAUCGAUUCAAUGAGAUGUUCUUGGAAUUAUGGGGACAAAUAUAAAGGCGGCCAGUUACCAGAUGUAGAAUUUCAAUGGAGAAUUCCAAUUAACUCAAGUUCAUGGAACAAUUGCAGUGAUCUGAACGCGAAAGCAGGCUACUGUAACUGGAACAGCUCACAAGAUUUUACACUGAAACCAAUUGGAAUAAAGCUUACGCUUAAAGAGUCAUGUAGAGUGAAAGUUUCUUCAAAGUUCACCAUAGACACAAGAAAAAUAGUGAAGCCCAACCCAGUUAUUGGAUUAAAAUCUUCAGUUUUAAACAGCACUUGUAUUCAAGUGCAAUGGAAAACAGAGAUGCUGUACCCUAAAGAACACAGGCUGACAGUUUCCAAUAAAUGGGAUGGCCCUCAGGUGUAUAAAUUCAUCACAACAGUAUAUACUGAAAAUGAAACACAUAGUAUGAUGUUGUGUAGUCUGCAUCCGCAUACAGUUUACAAGUUCACUGUUAGCAUACAGCCUACUGGAGAGCAAGCAGGUUUUUACAGCGACCCAAGAGAAACUGAGGCUACUACAUACUCUGAUAUACCAAGUGCAAGUCCAGAUGUAGUAGAUGGGGGUUACAGCUGGACUCGCAGGGACUGUGAAGGAAUUAAUGACAAAAGAAAAGUUUGCGUGUUUUGGAAGCCAAUCCGAGAUGCAGAUAAAAAUGGUGAAAUGAAAGGAAUUCAUGGUGUAUUCACAGCAGUUGAUAAGACUAGGACACCAAUUGAUGCGAACUGGACUGAAAAUUCAACAUACGGUUGUAGGUCGGGUUUGCUGUGUAAUAUAAGCUACGUGUUCUCCAUCAAGGCCAGAAAUAGUAAUGGUACAUCAGAAGAUAACUCCACGUUGCUUAUUUCGGCUGCCUCUAAAGGAAUAGUCCAGCCACACUUCAUAGUUGAGGUUGCCAAUAUCUCAAAUGUGUCUGUGAGUUGGACAGAAGCAGAAAAGGCCACUGGUUACAUGGUUGCCUGGUGUAGAAACAAAAAUGGAAAAUGUGAGAAUAGAAACUACGUUGAUUGGCAAAGAUUCUCUUCGGCCACGACAAAAGCUGUUCUUCAGAUAAAUCCAGAAAACUCACCACAAGAUUUUCUGUAUGGUGUAAGUGUGUUAACAGAGCAAGGCAGCAGUGGUGUAGAGUGGCAAGAUUGUGUUUACCUUAAAAAUGCUUAUCCAAAGAGGGAGCCUCAGAAUGUGGUUGUAUCCACAGGCCCUGAGGAUAACACGCUGGUAGUCACAUGGGAUAAACUGACAUGUAAAUCAGAUGAGCCAUAUAUAGCCAUGUACAAUGUGCAAUAUAACCAAUUGCAUGAAGAAAACCAGCAAUCCCUAAAUGUCACAGCAUCUGGAGAAGCAAGGGUCGUGUUGAAAGACUUGGAGGACAAGCAAGUUUACAUUGUAACAGUGAGAGGCAUUACAAAAGACGGUCAUUAUGGACCAAAGAGUCAACCUCAGAAAGGCAUACCAGUAAAUAACAGUUUAAAGACAGGCGAAGUUGUGGGUAUUGCCAUCAGUGUUCUGAUAGUCGUAAUACUGGCCGGAGUUGGAUGUUUCUGUGUGAUAAGAAAGUGUAAAAAGAAAGCAGACGAGGCUAAAAAUAGUUUAGCAAAUAUAACUAUCCCAGACGACAUAGCCCUUACACCGGAUGAUGCAGUGGAAGACGGAGGAAUGUAGGGAUCAUUAAUGCAAUCUGUAAAUAGUGUUGAACGUCAGAAUAGUAACGACAGUGGCUUUGCCCCGAUGACACCACCGGUUGGCAAGCUUGUUAAGCCACCUAAAUUUGUUGAUGUAUCUAUGAUGAACAACCCACGAACUCUGCCAAAUGGCUCCUGUAUCGCAGAAUUUGAAAAAGGUCAGAGUCAUGACACAGAUCUUGGCUCUCCUGAACUUGAACUGGUUUCUUUGCAUACUUCAGUUGAUAACUUAGGCUUUGUUCCAACAGAGCAAGUAGUAGCUCAAGUUUGAGAAGAAUAAAAACAAUAGGACCAGUAGUGAAACGUUUGUGAAAAAAGUGGACAAUGAUGCAUUCAUUAAUGAAACGUCUGUGAAAACGAGGGUAAAGAAUAAAUUUGGGGCUUCUGGUAUAAGCGAUUCUUAUUCAAAAGCGACAUUAGGUAGAUCGGAAGAAAAGAUGAAUAAUGAUAAUGGCCAAGAUGUUGAAGAAAUAAAUGCCAACAAUGAUAAUGAAAUACCUGAUUGUAUGCCAGGUGAUGAAGUCAUUAAUUCGAGUUUUAAAACAAGUAGUAUUAUUAUACCAACGCUUUUAGCAUUUCCUGAAUGUUCAUUUGAUAAUAGAUCCUUUUCUGAUCGGGAAAAUGAUAAUACAACAGGUCAUGUUGCAGAUACAUGUUUUGGGUCUUCACCUGACUAUGUUAAAGCACAGUCGUCACAUGAUAAUGUAAAUGCUUUGUUUUCACCUGACUAUUUUACGGCGCAAACACCUACCAUCAGCACAGAUAUAAAAGCAGAUAAUUAUCAAAGCAAAUUACCUGGACAGGGGACUAAAAAUAAAAGAAAUAAAGAUGAUGAAAGUAAGUCGGAUAAAGUCUUGACAGAUGUUUCUUUCCAGCCUUUCCAGCCAUUAUCCAGUAUUCCAUGCCCCAGAAGUAUGGAUGAGAGUGAUAAUUCCAGUAUUGAGGAAGAGACUGUUUCAUCACCUACACAUGCUGAUGCAUCAUCUACUGUAAAGCCUCAGUCUGGUACAAGUCGAAGCGACUACAUAAAAGUAACAAAUAACAGUACACCUUCACAUUCCAUCCAACUCUUCGAAAUCGUUAUCACGGCCAGUAAAUGAAAAUGGUCAGGCCUCAGGUUAUGUUACGACUACUGACAUGCCAAACAUGUCGGUAAAAUGUGCUCCUCAGCAGCAGGCAAACUCAGCAAUGUCACAUUGUCUAACACUGGAACACCAGUGUAAUAGAGGAUACAUGGAACCCUAGUCCAGAUGUCAUACGUUAAUCCACACCAAAAGCCAGACCAUCCACAUGUUUCUGUAUCAGAAAGUCAAACAAGCAAACAAAACUCUGAUGUUUCCCUAGGUUAUGUAACUUCUGUAACAAGCCCGAAUAUUUCAAAAAUAACACAGUCCUCACUGAAUUCUUAACCAAUAAGUUCACAGGCAUCAUCUAUUCUUCCUUCUAGUGAAUGUAAUUAUUUUUAAAAAGAUCCAAAUAUUAAGAUUCUUACUCCAUGUUCUGGUCAAACCAAUAUGACACUUCCUUCUGUUUACAAUCAUAAGUCUUCUAAUGGUGUUACUGGUGACUGUACGGACCGGUCACUAUCUUCUGAAUCAUGGAUGGUAGCAUUCAACAAUGAUCAGUCUGAAGAAAAUAUACCAGAAAGUGAUACCAAUAAAACAAAUGAACCACAAAGAUAAAAUAAUGUAACGACAAGUGAAAUGCAAUUACCAAAUGGCUAUGUAGAUCAUCAAUUUAUAUCUCAGGGAAAUUAUUAUAAAGGACAACCUGGCUCUGAUAACAAAGAUCAACCUUCUAUUGGGAUGAGAAAUAUUGAGAGAAUAAAGGGAAUGAUCAAGGUAAUAAGCAGGGAUCAGACUCGGGUUUAAGCAGCUUAGAAAAUGAGAGUCCGGAAACAAACAGAAAGUUGCAAAACGUACAUACUGGAUACGUCUCAUGCGAGGUUGCAAAGUCAAUGCAAAAAUGAUGAUCUCAGUAUGUUCAUAAAACCUCCAUGGCCAAGUGUUUAAACUCGCUGACUCCGAAUCACUUGCUCCUCACCAACGCACUUGUGAGGAAGCCAGCCAUUUGGUAAAUGAUAGGUCGGUGGUCUACCAAGGUGCCUACUAUGGCUGAAAUAAUACCCCUUGGCGGGGACCUUAGGUAUUCCUCUACCAUCAAAUGCUAGAAAGGCGCAAUUUAAAGAUGUGACUUCAAAUCCAAUAACACAGUACGCCGUAGAUCAUCGCAAAGAAAAUAUUACAUCAUCCUUACAGUCAUACACAAUGUUAUACUGUAACACAAAACUUCUAUUUCACACAUACCCACAUUAACAAUGACCUUGUACCUUGCAAUUAGACAGAUAUAUACAUGCGUUAUUCACAAAUACAGCAACACUUUGAUAUCCACGAUUUAUUUUGAUAUUUGACCAGGAGGAAGCUAUAACCUGAAAUGUAGUGAAACAGAAACAAAUGCAUUUGUAGUAUUUAAGUUGCUCCUUGCUUUUUUCAAAAUAUUUAUUUAAUCACUGAAAUUAAACCUUUGUCUGCUAAUAACAUUUGUAUCAAUAAGACACUUCUCACAUUUUGUCGCCAUUGUUAGCAAACAAAAACUGGUCAUAGAAGUCUAUGGUCAAUUUACAAUAGUACUUUGACAAAUUUUACACAUGGAUAUCUGUUUUCAAAAGUUUACCAAAGCGCGUCUUGGAUUAAACAAUUAUGACAGUAAAUGACAGGAACUGCUAUAUUUGACACUUAUAUGUCGAACACGCUCCUGUGGUAAAUUCUGACUGACUACUGUCAUCUUCCAACUAAACAAAGGGGCCUUCCUGGCCGCUGACUUGAGAUCCCUUGUCCCAUACUGCUGUCAGUUCGAAACCUUAGGCGGAAUAUCUAUCUUUUUGGAUUGCAGAAGGUCGGUGGUUCGAUGCGUGUGCCUGACUAUGCUUGCACAGAGGGACAUGUGUGGUCUACAUUCACCAUCAAAAGCUGAUAGAAGAUUUAAGACCUAAAAUUACGACAUUGUGACUUGAAACCCAUCGGAACAAAACUCAAAUUAAUAAUUAUGUAUUAAAGUGAUUACCCAUGUUCCUUAAAUAUGAUUUUCCCUUCAAACUGUUUCAUCUAAUAAGUGAAUAACAUGUAUGUUUAUGGUACUUUU